CGUUUUCUGCAAUCAGCCUUCAACUGCGGUGAACAGUCAUAUGAUCAAUACGGUGUGAAAAUGUCCCAGCUCCUGUUUAACAUGAGCAAUGGUUACCUCGAAGGUUUGGUUCGAGGCUUUAAAGGCGGAAUUCUCAAGCAGAGCGAUUACUUAAACCUCGUGCAAUGCGAGACUCUCGAAGACUUGAAACUUCACCUCCAGAGCACAGAUUAUGGUAACUUCUUGGCAAAUGAAGCAAGUCCUCUCACUGUUUCGGUUAUCGAUGACAAGCUGCGUGAAAAACUUGUGGUGGAAUUUCGGCACAUGAGAAAUCAUGCUGUUGAACCACUGGCCACUUUCUUAGAUUAUAUCACGUACAGCUACAUGAUUGACAACAUCAUCCUGCUGAUCACAGGGACCCUACACCAACGGCCUAUUGGAGAGCUGAUCCCAAAGUGCCACCCCUUGGGCAGUUUUGAUCAGAUGGAGGCCAUUCACAUUGCCUCCACACCUGCUGAGCUCUACAAUGCAGUGAUUGUUGACACACCUCUUGCACCUUUCUUCGUGGAUUGCAUUUCUGAACAAGAUCUUGAUGAAAUGAACAUUGAAAUCAUCCGCAACACCCUCUACAAGGCAUACCUGGAAAACUUCUACAAGUUCUGUGAAAGUAUUGGAGGCACUACUGCAGAUGUCAUGCUCGAAAUCCUAGCUUUUGAGGCAGACCGUCGGGCAUUUAUUAUCACCAUCAACUCGUUUGGCACUGAACUAACAAAAGAAGACAGAGCAAAGCUCUUUCCCAAAUGUGGUCACCUCUACCCUGAUGGACUGAAUGCCCUUGCUAAAGCAGAUGACUACGACCAAGUACGGAGCAUCGCGGAGUUCUAUGCACAAUACAAUGUGCUUUUUGGUGGAGCGGGAAACAAUCCUGAUGAGAGGACACUUGAGGACAAGUUCUUUGAGCAUGAGGUGAUGCUCAACGUAAAUGCCUUCAUGCAGCAGUUCCAUUCUGGAGUCUUCUAUGCGUACGUGAAGCUGAAAGAACAGGAGUGCCGCAACAUUGUUUGGAUUGCCGAGUGUGUUGCACAGCGCCACCGUUCAAAGAUUGACAACUACAUCCCGAUCUUCUAGUUAUUUUCUAAUAGUCAUCUGGCUUAAGUAGUUCAGUGUAGUGUGUGUACCAUGCAUGGCUAAACUUUGCCGUUGAAGUGCUGGUUCUGAAGUGCUUGUUGAGAGUUAACUGAAAGAUGGAAUAUGCUUGUUGUCUGUGUGGUAAUCAGAGGUCCGAAUUGCAAUUUGAAAGCUGUUUUAUGUUAACCUGUUACAGCAGCUCAUCUGCAAUUGUUUUAAAGGGCUAAAAUAAACCUAUAGUCCCCUGUGCGCAUGUAUUUAUUCAGGACCUUUCUAAUGCCCUUGUCAUGUAAAUAAUACCUCUAUACAUAUACAUAUAUUGUACAAGCAGUAUGUUAUGCGUUUCACGGAAACAAUAAAUGUGAAAAAUGAUUAUCAUGCAGGUAUUCUAAAUUUGCAUUGGAGGUUGUAUGCAAAGUUGUGUCGAAUCUGAAUUGAAAACCAUAAGGAAACCUUUUCCAUGGAAACUGGAAAUGAGCUUAGAUGUUGUACAUCUUUUUUAUGCUUUAGUUUGACUGGAGAAAAUAAAUAGUUUUCAGUUCAA